UAGUCUUAGUAUUAUUUUUUCCUUAGAAAGGGGGUUCCGGGAAAGAAAGCUCCUGGGCGCCGAGCACGUAGUGUUCAUCGGAAUUUGGUGCUGUAGCGUCGUUGUGUGGUGCUCAACCAGCUCAUACUCAUCCCCACACAACUCGUUUCAAUCUUCUUCGCUCCUAUUAUCAUUUUCUCCGUAGCUCACUCUCUCUUUUCUCUCUCUCUCUCUCUAUCUUCAUUCGAGAACCGGGAGCAAGAUUGAGAUUGUUCGUUAUCGUUGAGGGGUAACUUUCAUCAAUUUCUGUUCUGACAGGUAAUAGCUGAAAAGCAAGCGAAACUUUUGUUAGACUUAUCAUGGGAAUAUCUAAAGCGGUUGGAGUUGUGGGAUUAGCUUUCUUCUUCGCUGCUGUUUACCUCAAAGAUUUAAGCAUGAAGCUAAUUCCUUUAUCACUUCUUUAUGACUCAUUCAUUGCCAGCCUAGUUUCAGUCGCUUCUCACCCAGCCAUUAAUUUUCCUUUGAUAUUUGGAAAGGACUCCAAUGGGAAAUUUCCACUAUGGUCGAAGAUUCUGUUCUUUCCAUUCUUAUUUCUUGUUCGAGUAUAUGCUUUCUUUAAGAGGUUGAAGAGCAGGGAACCUAUUUAUAAUGAAAUUUCAGAAGGUUUGUAUGUUGGAGGGUGGCCUUCUUCUAAGAAGCAUUUACCUCCUGGCGAUCCUGCAGUUAUUGAUUGUACUUGUGAACUGCCUAGAAGUUCUGUCGUCUCAGAGGAUGCAUAUCUAUGUCUGCCAACUUGGGAUACCAGAGCACCACAACCAUCGCAGAUUGAAACUGCGGUUCGCUGGGCAACCAAGAUGUGGGCUCAAAAGAAGCCAAUUUAUGUCCAUUGUGCAUUUGGCCAUGGAAGGAGUGUCUGUGUGAUUUGUGCCGUUCUGGUUACUUUGGGGGUGACAGAAGAUUGGAAAGCUGCCGAAAAGCUCGUCCGAGAAAAACGACCGAAGAUUAGUAUGAAUGCGCUCCACCGUAAACAUUUGGAGGAGUGGUCGAAAAUCACGCAUUUGUCGAACAGAUAACAUAAUGAUCCCAUUGCAACCACAUCUACUGCUUCCGUGCAACAAUGAGCUAUAAACAGUAAAGCCAGGUCCCCUUAGGUUGUUCUGUUUUGACUUUAAGAGGAUCUUCAUCAUUUGAUAGUUUUAAGAUUUCAAUCAAGAAGAAGUAUUUGCUUGUGGCGAAAGUAUGGGCCUUCUUACAAACACAUAAGAUCAUCUACUUCCCUUGAUAAACAUAUCUCAUCAGGUGGACAAGCAAUGGAGCUUGUUUUUGCUCUUUAUUGUCUGAGGAUUGGAAAACUUCUUCCUGAACGGGCAUCUGAAUUUGAGAUCUUCAUAUCCAGGUCAAAUUUCUACAUUUUUUGCUAUUUUUCGUUCACUUAUUUUUAAGUUUUUAGAUGUAAACAAGCUUGUUAUAUUUCUUCAAAGGCCAGGAGGCCAGACACUUCAACUCUUUGCUUUGUAUUCUCUUAAAGUAAUUAGAAGUAAAUGAGCUGAAGCUUUCAGGUGCUUAUCAAUUGCUAAAAAUGCAUGAUAGUGAGUUAUAUAUUUUCCUUCA